UAAAGCCUUUAUAGGGCAGCAGCCUCUUUAUCGUCCAUCGUCGGCGCCGAAACGCUUUGGAGGUGGAGGAUCUGCCGCAGCCAUGGCGGUCGGGAAGAACAAGAGGAUCUCCAAGGGGAAGAAGGGAGGCAAGAAGAAGGCGGUUGAUCCUUUCGCGAAGAAGGAUUGGUACGACAUUAAGGCUCCUUCAGUCUUCAACGUGAGGAACAUUGGCAAGACCCUUGUUUCAAGGACACAGGGCACCAAGAUUGCAUCUGAAGGUUUGAAGCACAGAGUUUUUGAGGUUUGUUUAGCUGACCUGCAGAAUGAUGAGGACCAGGCGCACAGAAAAAUCCGGCUUCGUGCGGAGGAUGUGCAAGGGAAGAAUGUUUUAACUAACUUCUGGGGCAUGGACCUGACAACUGACAAGGUUAGAUACGUAGUCCGAAAGUGGCAGACUUUAAUUGAAGCACAUGUUGAUGUGAAGACGACCGACAAUUACACUUUGAGGAUGUUUUGUAUUGGCUUCACUAAGAGACGCCCAAAUCAGGUUAAACGCACGUGUUACGCCCAAUCUAGUCAGAUCAGACAGAUACGCCGCAAGAUGAGAGAGAUUAUGGUUAAUCAAGCUACAACUGGUGAUCUGAAGGAUUUGGUACAGAAAUUCAUACCAGAGGUCAUAGGUAAGGAAAUUGAAAAAGCAACAACAAGCAUUUACCCCUUGCAGAAUGUUUUCAUCCGCAAAGUCAAAAUUCUCAAGGCUCCCAAAUUCGAUCUGGGGAAGCUUAUGGAGGUCCAUGGUGACUACAAGGAGGAUGUGGGUGCCAAGGUAGACAGACCUGCUGAAGAUGUCCAGAUGGAAGGUGAAGAAGUAACUGGGGCAUAGAUAUCUAGUCUUUCUAUUGCCAACAUCCACAUGAAUGCAGUUGCUGCAGUUUUGUGUUUCCUGUUGCUAUUGAGUUGAUCAGUGACAUCUUUGGCAUUAUUUCCAGCAUCGGUUGGCUUUUCUUUUAGUGGAAUGGAUGAGCUCUUCACAAACACAGAAAUUAUUUUUUAAUAUUAAAUGUACUUGAUGAUCCAUUUAAUUAGCUGCCAUGGGUUUUUUCAA